AUGGGGCUCGGUAUCCUCGAAGACACGGUCCUCGACCACGUCCCCGGCACGACACGGUACUUUGACGAUCCGGACAGGCCACAGACCGCGGAGACGGUGAAUGCGCGAGGGUUGAAGUGUGACAGGAGUGGUCCUGUUCCGAUUAUACUUCACCCUCAGCCAUCCGACGACCCGAACGAUCCCCUGAACUGGCCGCUAUGGCGACGCGAUCUGAUCACCUUCAUCCUCUCAAUCACCGCCAUCUUCGCGACGGCCCUGGGCCCCAUCCUGGCCGCCAACACCCUGACGCUCUCGCUGUGGUUCACCAUGGACUUCACCUACAUCGCGCUAUUGACGGGCUACUUCCUGCUGGGCGUGGGUUUCGCAGGGUUCUUCUUCGUCCCAUCUAGCAGGAUCCUGGGCAAGAGACAUGCGUUCAUUUUUGGCACAUGCCUUCUUAUAGCGUCGAGUGCGUGGGCUGGGGCCGUGGGUACGAAUUAUACCAGCCUGCUCUGGGCGAGAAUUAUCCAGGGAGUGGGAACAGCACCGUUCGAAUCCUUGGUCAAUGCAGCCGUUGGAGAUCUGUAUUUCGUACAUGAACGGGGAAAGCGCAUGGCCUUUACGAACCUGGCUGUAUUUGGCGGCGCGUUCUUCACUCCCAUCGUCGUGGGAAAGAUCACGCACACGAUCCAUUGGUGGUGGACCUUCUACCUGGUCGCCAUCUUCUGUGCCGUCUGUCUUGUGGCAAUUAUCUUCUUCUGUCCGGAGACUGCCUUCCGCCGGGAUGCGGCCCUCAAUACGGAUAUCGGAGCAUUCGACGGCUCCGACGAGCAGACUUUGAAAGAAUCCGAGGCACAGUCACAGCCAGUCCGGAUGACAUCCGGACCUAGCCGCCCGAAGAAGGCAUACGCACAGUCCCUGGCUUUAUUCGACGGCCGCAAGACCGAUGAGAACUUCUUCAAGCUACUGCUUCGACCGUUCCCUCUAUUCGCCCAGCCCGCCUUCCUUUGGGCUUGCUUGAUUCAAGGGACAAUGAUCGGCUGGACAGUUUUCAUCGGUGUCGUCCUGGCUGCCAUCUUUCUGGGGCCACCACUGUUCUGGAACGAAGUGUCAACAGGUUAUGCGUACGUGGGACCAUUCCUGGGUGCCAUUCUUGGCUUCGCUAUCGCUGGUGGCCUCUCAGACUGGAGCGCCAAAUAUCUAACCAAACUCAAUGGUGGCGUGUACGAGCCAGAAUUCCGCAUCCUGCUUGUAAUACCUCAACUUAUCUUCGGAUGCAUGGGCCUCUAUGGGUUCGCUAUUACCAGUGUGGGCACUCUGGCGAAGGAAUACCACUGGACCGUCCCUAUCAUGUUUUUUGGAUUCGAGGUCUGCGGCAUGGUCAUUGGAGCUGUCGCCAGCUCGCUCUACAUUGUAGAUGCAUACCGGGACCUGGCUGUUGAGGGCUUCACAUGCUUAAUAAUCUUCAAAAACAUGUUCAGUUUUGGCCUCACGUACAAGGCUUACCAGUGGCUUAUUGUGGGGGGCAUUAAGGAGACUUUUAUUGCUCUCGCGUCAGUUCAGGUGGUGAUAUGCCUGCUGAGUAUUCCCAUGUAUGUGUUCGGCAAGCGGAACCGCAGUUUCUUCUAUCGCCAUGACCUGCUUGAGUUGACUGGCUUGCGGUGA